CUGUCCCUCCCACUCAACAGCGAAUUCCCCCAAAACAAAUACUACCAACCUCUGGUACCGCCCACUUCAAAGUUUGUAUCAGUUCAAAAAUGGGAUUCUGAACCCUAACCAAAACCAGCUCCAAAAAUGGAGAUGACGGAGGAGCAGAGGCAGAGGGCCGAAUCCAACCGCCUCGCGGCCCUAGCCAAGCGCAAGGCACUCGCCGAGUCUUCUUCUACGAUCAACCAACAAGACCCCUGGAGGCUAUUCAAAUGCCGCAAAAUCUCGACCGACCACCACGCCACCGCUAUCCCGAGACCCAAACACCCACCUUCCUCUUUUGCAGACCCAUCAUUUCCCAAGCCCCAACCCCCCGCCCCUCCGCCCGAGAAGUUCCGGGCCCGGCUGGAAAUCUGCUCUCCUGAUUCGUUCUCUGUCGCACCAGACGCCGUGGAGGGUUUCGCCUAUCCCGGUGAAGCCGCUUGCUUGGAGAAACUCAGCGACUGCCUCUCGAAUGUUGUGCUAGUGCACUAUACACAAAACCAUGGUGGUGGAAAGGCUUGUGUUUAUAAACUUGGGGACUAUGAUUCAGUUCUUAGGUGUUUGAAGAAUUAUAAGGGCGUUGAAAUUGAAGACAUACCUUGGGGCACACUUAAUGUCGUUGGGAGGCUUUCACAUUCCUUGACUGAAGGGCGGUGGUUGCCAUGUCGGCCAGAACAGUUGUCCAAUGAGAGGGUUGACGAAUACAUUAGAAAGCUUCCAAAAAUGUUGCUUGAUGCACUGAUGCCUUUCCAACUUGAAGGUGUCAGAUUUGGAUUACAAAGGGGUGGUCGGUGUCUCAUUGCAGAUGAAAUGGGACUUGGAAAAACCCUUCAGGCAAUUGCAAUCGCUUGUUGUUUUAUGACUGAAGGUCCUGUCCUCGUUGUCUGUCCUGCUAUUUUGCGUUUUUCAUGGGCAGAAGAAUUGGAGCGUUGGCUUCCUUUUUGUUCACCAGCUGAUUUCCAUCUCGUUUUUGGCCGGAAAAGUAAUCCUGCGCAUUUGUCAAGAUGCCCAAAGGUUGUAGUAACUUCGUACACAAUGCUUCACCGCUUGCGAAAGAGCAUGUUGGAGCGAGAGUGGGCUGUGUUGAUAGUUGAUGAAUCACACCAUGUACGCUGUACAAAAAAAGCAUCUGAACCGGGAGAGAUAAAAGCUGUCUUGGAUGUAGCAACAAAGAUCAACCGUAUAGUUUUAUUGUCGGGGACGCCUUCUUUGUCAAGGCCAUUUGACAUUUUCCAUCAGAUAAAUAUGUUGUGGCCUGGUUUGCUGGGAAAGGAUAAAUAUGAAUUUGCGAGGACUUAUUGUUCUGUCAAAUUUUUUCGGGGUUGCCAAGGGAAAACUUAUCAGGAUUUUUCAAAGGGUGUCCGCUUGGAGGAGUUAAAUGUCUUAUUGAAGCAGACUGUUAUGAUAAGACGUUUGAAGAAGCAUGUGUUGGUGCAGUUGCCACCCAAACGCCGUCAGAUUAUAAGUUUGCAGUUGAAGAGAUCAGAUGUUAUUUCAGCAAUGAGUCUUUGUGAGGUGGUGAAAAGCAAUGCUUCAGGAAAUGAGGACGCCAAAGUUCCUGAGGACGCCACAGAGGACCCUUUAGAGAUAUCUGAUGAACUUGAUGAUAGAAGUAGCUGUCGCGAAUCUUUGAGGAUACUCUCCUGGCAACAAAUUGGUAUAGCAAAAUUGUCCGGAUUUUUGAAGUGGCUUUCCAUGCACCCCAUCUUUGCUGAGUCAGAUGUCGUAGAUAAUUUGGAACUUGGCGUUAGUUCUCAUAAAAUGAUAAUUUUUGCUCAUCACCACAAGGUUAUGGAUGGAGUGCAGGAGUUCUUGUGUGAUAAAGGGAUUGGAUUUGUCCGCAUCAAUGGGCGCACACCUCCCAGAGAUAGGCAGAUAGCUGUUAAUUCUUUCCAGUUAUCGAAAGAGGUUAAGAUUGCAAUAAUUGGAAUCACGGCUGGCAACGUUGGAUUAGACUUUUCAUCUGCUCAACAUGUUGUGUUCUUGGAGCUGCCUCAGACCCCAUCUCAUAUGAGUCAGGCUGAAGAUAGAGCUCAUAGGCGAGGGCAAACCAAAGCUGUUAAUGUGUAUAUCUUCUGUGCAAAGGAUACUUUGGAUGAAUCACGCUGGUAUUAUCUAAAUAAAAGUUUACAACGUGUAUCAUCCACUACAGAUGGGAAGUACGAAGCAAUACACGAAAUUGAGGUUGAAAGUGUUUCCUAUCACGAAACAGAUGGAAGUACUGAAAAUCUAACUCCAGAGGGAGCACAACGGCAUGAAGUCUCUGGUGUAGAGCUAAAGCGGUUCUCUAGAGCUAUCUCUGAUACAGAUCUCUGGCAUGUGGAUGAAUACAAUGAAUUAGCUGAAAUGAAAAAUAAUAGAAGUGAACUGAAAAGCAAUACUGGUGGCGAUACAUCGCAAGAAGACAAUUAUCCUGAUGAGGCUGACAUGGUUUCUGAUCUGGAUAUGUGGAAGCAUACUGUUCCCGGUGGAUCACAAGCAACUGCUUCUGAGGGUAAAUCUGGACGUACUGAAUUAAAUAGCUUACAUCAUUUGGAAGAUAGAGCCAAAGGCAACGAUCAAUUGGAAGAGGAAGGGAAUUCAGUUUCUGAAAGAUCAGGUGAGCUGAUUGAAGCUGAUUCAGGCAACUCUAUACCAGUUGAUUGUCUCCAAUUUGAGGUGAGCCAAUAUACUGGAAGGAUCCACUUAUACUCGUGUAUUCCAGGGAUAGACUCGAGACCACGACUACUUUUUGAAAAUUUCAAACCCUUGGAACUUGAGUCACCAAAUCUUCCUGACAAGGACAGCAAAUCAGUUUCUAAAUCAAUCAAGGAUAAUCCUGAAUACAGGCCUGCACUUCUGGCAUUUAUUGAGGAGUGGAAAAAUCUUAGGCCGAUGCAACGAAACAAGUUGCUUGCCAAGCCUUUGCAACUUCCAUUAUCUGUUGAGUUGUGCUGUUUGACGGAAAGCCUUAACCAUGAUAGCGGGGGAUUGUUGAAAGGGAAAAGCAAAAGACGCACUACACCUUUGAAUGAGAUUAGUCUCGUGUUACCACCAAAUGCUGAGUGGAAGAGGGUUCAUCUCCUUGUUGGUCACUGUCAAAAGGAGAAAGAAUACACUCAGGGUUGGACUGUUACGGGCGAACCAUUGUGCAAACUCUGUCAAACACCUUGCAAGCGCGAAAAUGCGGAGACACCUGAAUUUCUUGAGGAUCUUUUCUGUAAUUUGAGUUGCUAUGAAGAAUAUCGCUUCAGAACUAGCAAUAGAUUUAUCCGUCAGGAGCUUUUCCAAAUUGAACGGGGGAUUUGCACAAAUUGCCAACUAGACUGCCAUAAGCUUGUGGAGCACCUAAAACCUCUAUCCAGUGCAAAGCGGCAGAAGUAUAUUGAGAAGGUAGCACCAAAGUUGGCCAGGCGUAAGAAAUUACUUAACAAGCUUGUACAAGAUCCAAGUGAGGGCAAUUCAUGGCAUGCAGACCACAUUGUCCCUGUCUAUCAAGGGGGAGGGGAAUGCAGGCUAGAGAACAUGAGGACUCUUUGUGUGGUAUGCCAUGCUGAUGUAACUGCUUUGCAAUGUGCUGAACGACGUUUGGCGAGGAUCAAGGCCAAGAAACAACUUAAAGCCAUCAUGAAUGGCCUCAGAAAUAUUAAAGAAGCAGAACAAAGUGGUUCUAAUCUAAAGGAUCAUGAUCAUAUGGAGAACAUUGUGGACGAUGAGCUUUUAAUAGAGGUUCCCGGGAGCGCAUACUCUGGAGCAGGAAAUGGUGUCACUCGAACCGAAAAGCAUUAGGAGACGGAGUCUUCAUAACCAACAGUGAAUGACGAGUCUAUUAUUUUUGUUGUGUAUCACCCCUUGUUUUGUAGUAAGCUUGGAAAGAAGAUGGAUUUUUAAUCUGAGUUAGUAAUAAGAAAGGGAAUUGAUUUUCACACUCCCUUUUUUUAUAUCCACGCUCCCUUUUUUGUCUUUUAGCAAAAAAAUACAUAACACUUUCCAACACUAAAAAUCAAAAAAGGGAGUGUAGAUAUCAAAAAGGGAGUGUGAAUAUCAUUUCCCAUAAGAAAAAUAGUAUAUAAAAGCAGAGCAGCAGUUUAAGAAUGUAUCGUCAAUGGUAAGCUAUGCAAUCUUAAGAGCUUGGAAAGAAGAUGCAUUUGUAAUCCGAGUUAGCAAUUAGAAAAGGAGGUUAUAAAAGUGAUGAAGAAGGAUUUAGGGGUAUUGUUUCAUUUGUGUCUUUAGUGUGUAGGGUUUUGAGUUUAUAAAUAGAUGUCUUGUACCCUCAUUAGUUAAUUUUUUUUUGAUGUAUUGAUAAAAGAAUAUAGAGAGCUUUUGCUCCUUGUAUCCCAUUUUGGGAUUUAUCUUUCUUAUGAAUCUAUUCCUUGAUUUGGUUUGCAUCA